AAAAAACUCACCUUCUUAAGACUUUUCUUAUUAUAAACAACUGUUUUCACUUCGAAUUAACUUUAUUUAAUACAUUUUAAGCUCAUUUUUUGCGUGUUCUGUUGGGCGACAUUUCAUAACACUGGUUUUUAAGUUGGCAAUAGCAGUAGCGUCACUAGAUCGAAAUUCAAACGUCUUGUGAUUUUUUAGGAAAUGCCGCAAUAAAAGUACGGUUUAUUUUUAUUAGAAGCGUAUAACAAGAAUAAAGACAAUGGAAGGGGACGAAGAGUGCGGUUUCUUACAGUUUUUUCGUAAGAACGGAGAAUUAGGAAGUCCUUAUCCUUUGAGUUAUGGAAAAACAACGAUUGGCUCCUUCAAGGACGCCGAUAUUCGUUUAAAAAUCAACGAUAGCCGCCUAGAACAAAUACAUUGCGUAAUAAAUGUAUACAGUGAGGGUUUGGCUACAUUGGUGAAUAAAUCACAAAAUAAUCCUACAAAAGUUAAUGAUGAGAUUGUAACUCAGUUUAAAGUUCUGAAUCAUAAGGAUAAGUUUGAAAUAGUUGGCAAAUAUUUUCAAUAUUUCAAUGAACAUGUAAAUAAAAAGAACGUUGCUAAACUGGAAAAAACCUUGACCAAGGCCAUAUCUCCAUCUAAAACAAAUCAGUCAAUGUUUUCAAUUUCCACAGCAGAAAGUGAACCAAUACAUACUAUGGAUUUUGAAAAAGCACCUGAAAAUGAGUUUACUGUAACUUUUACACCAGAAAGAAAACCAGAUACCAAAAAUGUAUCAUCAACUAAAGCAAAAACAACAUCUAAAGUGGUGGUUUCCAAAGCUCUUCAUGCCUCACCGGAUAAAACACAAAGGCGUUUAUCCCUGGGACACUCGAUAAAAAGAUCAGGUACAACUCCCAAAAUAUCUUCUCGAAAUGUCCUUUUAAAUUCGGACGUGAAAACCCCCCUUAAAACCAGAGCGAGCCUUAAAAACGAUAGAUCUUCAAUUAAAAGGAGUUUGCUGAAAAGAUACUCGAGCACGCCCAAAAUUGCGACGCCGGAAACGAAGAAAACUCCUAAUUUGAAGUUUUCUCCGAUAGCAAGCACUUCUUGCAACACAAAUAGCACUUAUUGCACACCAAACAGCAGAACAUACAGUCCAAUACAGCUGGGAAGUUUGUUUGAUUCUGUUAAAAACGAAAGUGCCAAGAAGUUGGAUUAUUCAUCUUCCAAGUUUCUAACGAGACGAAGUGCGUCUCUGAGGAACGAAAUCGUAAAGAACGACGAAGAUGAGUCGAUUAUCGCCAGCUUAAAAGCACCCGAAAGCGAUAAUUUACAGGAUAGCAAUGAUAGCUUGGGACUGGACUUGGACGCCAUUCCUAACAUGAGCAAAGUGGAUGUUUUGUCCACAACAAAAUCCAAAACGCCUUUGAGGACGCCCAAGGGUAGUUCGUUGAGAAAGAAGGCCCUGCAAAACUUAGCCAACGCUGAUAUGGAGCUCUACACCGACAGAGAGUUGAACAUGAUCCAGAAGAAGCUGGAAAACGAGGAGGAUAUGAUGUCUGAGACCCCCGAUUCGGUUUUCUCGGUGAGUAGCGCGAUCUCGACCCCGGAAAACAACAUGUCGGUCGUUUUCGUCAGCCCUUCCGAAGCUAGCAGUCCCAUGACGAGAAGGUCCAAGAAACUUCUCGCCAGCAGCAUCAUCGAACUCGACGAUACUGGCACGCCGAAAUCCGCCAUAAAAUCGUUAAAAAUUACCGAGGAGGGUCCCAGGACGCCGGAGCAGAAGCCUGCCGGCGACAAGGGCUUCAAAACGCCGCUCACGACUCCUCACGUCUUCGAGAAAAUACGGAAGUCCGCCAUUAAGUCCCGAUUGAAGAGUAAUGCCGAGGAAUACGCUGAAACAUCCACAUCGGCACAUCACGGCCUAAAGAGGAAUAGAGAGUCGACCGGAAGCAUGAGUCGGUCCACUAAGAAGUUAAAAUUGCAGUUUAAAUCGUUUUCCGAUGAAGAUUCUUUCUCCGACUUCAACACCUUGGAUUCCUCGGUUACAUCGGAAGAUCUUGCGGAUUUAAAUCUGACAGAACAAAGUACGCCCUCAGGAAACUCCCUGGCUAUGAUAUCUCUCGAACUUUCAAGUAUCAUCGGCGAAGAAGCAAACAGGAAAAGCAGAAGACAGUCGGAACUUCCGGCGGAAACGCCCAAAAAUAAUCCGGACGAAUAUUCCACAUCGCGCAGAAGCGUUAGAUUCUCAUUUGUUAACGAUUCUCCGGUAAAGGAAAUUACCAAUACUUCAAGCAGAAAAUCCAGCAGAAGAAGCAGAGUAACUUCUGAGGACUCAUUUGUUGUUACAGACAGAAAUGUUUCCAUGAUGUCUUUCAAAGAACAAGGAGAAGAACCAGUUACACCUGAUAACAACACCGAUAUUACGUUAUCGUUAUCAAGAAGAAAUACAUACAAUAUCGAUGCUGAAGAUUCGGCUCGAGAUGCCGACACAAGAAAGAGCUGCAGAAGAUCGGAGCUUGAUAUGCUGCUGAACGCUGACCAAUUAACCAUAUCGAAUCUGUCGGCAUCGAGAAGAAGCGGGAAACAAUCUUUGGUUUUAAGCGAAGAUGAUUUCUCCGAUACGUCCUCAAAUACGUCCAAAAUACAUUCCAAAGUUGACGAUUUGGAAGAAUCGGAUUCCGAAAAGUUAUCCCCAAGAAAGAGCAUGGAAUCCUCACAACAGGAUAAUAUUUCGGCAGUUUCCGACAACGAAGAAAAUAAAUCAGCCAGAAGAAGUAACAGAUACAGAAAAAGUUUUGGAAACACAGAACAAGACCAGUCUAUUUCUGAAGAAAACAACAAAACUAAUAUAGAAAAUACUGAAGCAAAUACUUCUACAAAGAGCACCAAUGAAUCUAUUUCAUUAGAUGACUCUAUUGCUAAACCAUUAUUAUCAAGAAGAAGCGUCAGAAAGUCUGAAACUAAAGAUACACUUAAUGAAGAAAACAUUGAAGUUAAUACUUCUUUGAAGAGCACAAGCCGAUCAAAAAUUAAUAACUCUGCUCUUUCAAAUGAUUCCACUUCUAAUCUAUCUAUAACAACAAGAAGAAGUGCUAGAAAAUCGGAAAUAAAAGACGACAAUAUAACUGGAGGUUUAGAAGAAUCUUAUUUUGAAAAAAUAUCUCCCAGAAAGAGAAUCAGUGUUUUGGAAACAUCACAACAAGUCGGUAAUAUUUCGGCAUUUUCUGACAAAGAAGAAAAUAAAUCAGCCAGAAGAAGUAACAGAUACAGAAAAAGUUUUGGAAACACAGAACAAGACCAGUCUAUUUCUGAAGAAAACAACAAAUCUAAUAUAGAAAAUACUGAAGCAAAUACUUCUACAAAGAGCACCAAUGAAUCUAUUUCAUUAGAUGACUCUAUUGCUAAACCAUUAUUAUCAAGAAGAAGCGUUAGAAAGUCUGAAACUAAAGAUACACUAAAUGAAGAAAACAUUGAAGUUAAUACUUCUUUGAAGAGCACAAGCCGAUCAAAAUUUAAUAACUCUGCUCUUUCAAAUGAUUCCACUUCUAACCUAUCUAUAACAACAAGAAGAAGUGCUAGAAAAUCGGAAAUAAAAGACGACAAUAUAACUGGAGGUUUAGAAGAAUCUUAUUUUGAAAAAAUAUCUCCCAGAAAGAGCAUCAAUGUUUUGGAAUCAUCACAACACGAAGCCGAUAAUAUUUCGGCAUUUUCUGACAACGAAGAAAACAAAUCGACUAGAAGAAGUAACAAAUACAGAAAAAGUUUUGGAAACACAAAACAAGACCAGUCCAUUUAUGAAGAAAACAACAAAUCUAAGAUAGAAAAUACUGAAGCAAAUACUUCUACAAAGAGCACCAAUGAAUCUAUUUCAUUAGAUGACUCUAUUGCUAAACCAUUAUUAUCAAGAAGAAGCGUCAGAAAGUCUGAAACUAAAGAUACACUUAAUGAAGAGAACAUUGAAGUUAAUACUUCUUUGAAGAGCACAAGCCGAUCAAAAAUUAAUAACUCUGCUCUUUCAAAUGAUUCCACUUCUAACCUAUCUAUAACAACAACAAGAAGUGCUAGAAAAUCUGAAAUAAAAGACGACAAUAUAACUGGAGAUUUAGAAGAAUCUGAUUCUGAUAAUGAAGAAAACAAAUCAACUAGAAGAAGUAACAGAUACAGAAAAAGUUUUGAAAACACACAACAGGACCAGUCUAUUUCAGAAGAAAACAACAAAUCUAAGAUGCAAAAUACCGAAGCAAAUACUUCUACAAAUAACACUAUUUCAUUAGAUGAAUCUCUUGCUAAACCAUCAUUAUCAAGAAGAAGCGUUAGAAAGUCUGAAACUAAAGAUACACUAAAUGAAGAAAACAUUGAAGUUAAUACUUCUUUAAAGAGCCCAAGCCGAUCAAAAUUUAAUAACUCUGCUCUUUCAAAUCAUUCCACUUAUAACAUAUCUAUAACAACUAGAAGAAGUGCUAGAAAAUCUGAAAUGAAAGACGACAAUAUGACUGGAGGUUUGGAAGAAUCUGAUUCUAAAAAAUUAUCUCCCAGAAAGAGCAUCAGUAUUUUGGAAUCAUCACAACAAGUCGGUAAUAUUUCUGACAACGAAGAAAAUAAAUCAACUAGAAAAAGUAACAGAUACAGAAAAAGUUUUGGAAACACAGAACAAGACCACUCCAUUUCUGAAGAAAACAACAAAUCUAAGAUGGAAAAUACUGAAGCAAAUACUUCUACAAACAGCACCAAUGACUCUAUUUCAUUGGAUGACUCUAUUGCUAAACCUUCAUUAUCAAGAAGAAGCGUCAGAAAUUCUGAAAUUAAAGAUACACUGAAUGAAGAAAACAUUGAAGUCAAUACUUCUUUAAAGAGCACAAGCCAUUCAAAAAUAAGUAACUCUGCUCUUUCAAAUGAUUCCAUUUUUAACCUAUCUAUAACAACUAGAAGAAGUGCUAGAAAAUCUGAAAUGAAAGACGACAAUAUAGAAAAUACUGAAGCAAAUACUUCUACAAAGAGCACCAAUGAAUCUAUUUCAUUAGAUGACUCUAUUGCUAAGCCAUUAUUAUCAAGAAGAAGCGUCAGAAAGUCUGAAACUAAAGAUACACUUAAUGAAGAAAACAUUGAAGUUAAUACUUCUUUGAAGAGCACAAGCCAAUCAAAAAUUAAUAACUCUGCUCUUUCAAAUGAUUCCACUUCUAACCUAUCUUUAACAACAAGAAGAAGUGCUAGAAAAUCGGAAAUAAAAGACCACAAUAUAACUGGAGGUUUAGAAGAAUCUUAUUUUGAAAAAUUAUCUCCCAGAAAGAGAAUCAGUGUUUUGGAAUCAUCACAACAAGUCGGUAAUAUUUCGGCAUUUUCUGACCAAGAAGAAAACAAAUCAACUAGAAGAAGUAACAGAUACAGAAACAGUUUUGGAAACACAGAACAAGACCAGUCUAUUUCUGAAAAAAACAACAAAUCAAAGAUGGAAAAUGCUGAAGCAAAUACUUCUACAAAGAGCACCAAUGACUCUAUUCUAUUAGAUGACUCCAUUGCUAAACCAUCAUUAUCAAGAAGCGUCAGAAAUUCUGAAAUUAAAGAUACACUGAAUGAAGAAAAUAUUGAAGCUCUUUUAAAUGAUUCCACUUCUAACUUAUCUAUAACAACUAGAAGAAGUGCUAGAAAAUCUCAAAUCAAAGACGAUAUGACUGGAGAAUUGGAAGAAUCUGAUUCUCCCAAAAAUAGCAUCAGUGUUUUGGAAUCAUCACAAGUCGGUAAUAUUUUGGCAUUUUCUGACAACGAAGUAAACAAAUCUACUAGAAGAAGUAACAAAUACAAAAAAAGUUUUGGAAACACAGUCCAAGAACAAUCUGUUUCUGAACAAAAUCACAAUUCUGAGAUUGAAUAUACUGAAUCGAAUACUUCUGCAAGGGGCACCAACAUCUCUAAAACCAACGACCCUAUUCUAUUAGGUGAUGUUACUGCUAAACCAUCAUUAUCAAGGAGAAGCGCCAGAAAGUCUGAAAUUAAAGAUGCGCUGAAUGAAGAAAAUGUUGAAUUAAAUACUUCUUUAAAAAGCACAAAUAUUUCUGCUGUUUUAAACGAUUCUACUAUUAACCUCUUGUCAGCAAGAAGAAGCACCAGACAAUCUAAAAUUAAAGAUACAUCAAAUGAAGAAAAUAUUGCCAAUAAUGAUUCUAUUACCAACUCCACCAUCAACUUAUCUUCAACAAGAAGAAGUACUAGAAAAUCUGAUAUUAAAGAAGAAAAUGUUAUAGUGCCAUCAAGAAAAAGUAAAUCUGAAAUUAAGGACUCAUUAGCUGAAGAAUUAAUUCAAAAUAUGUCAUCAAACUUUAAUAAGGAUAUUGACGAGUCCAGCGAUUUAGAAGUUUACAGUGCUGCCACUCCUAAUAAUUCAGUCCAAAUAUCAACUCUAUCCGAAGUUCAAGUGGAACACAACUAUUCAGUUCUCGCCGACAUCUCCAAUUCAACCGAUCAAAUCACAAGAAAAAGUCCGAGAAAAUCAAUUGCGUCAGCAGAGAUUGAUGAUUCAAAGGAACAGUCUAGAGCAAAGUCAGCAUCGUUUGUAGAUUUGGAACCAAAUUCUUCAACCAGGAAUUCAGAAAGUCAAAUCUCGAUCGUAUUGGAGCUAUCUCAAUCUGAACUUCAAAACAUAUCUGCCUUACUUGAGAAAGAAACAGACAAAUCACACAAUGUUUCUUCGAGAAAAAGCAUCCGAUCUUCAUUUGCAAAUAGGUCUUUAGCCAACGAACAAAAUAAAGAAACGGUUCUUAACGCAUCAAAUUCGUUUAAUACUAGUGCAAGGAAGAGCUUAAGAAAAUCAUCUAUUAACGAAGCAGAAAUUGUUGUUCAAGAAUCCUCACCUUUUGUUAAUGAAGAUGCCUUACCAGAAAGUUUAUCCAAGAGCCCAAGAAAGAGCACAAGGCUAUCUAAGUCAAACGGUUCCGUAGAAAAUGAACAAGAAAUUUCACCCAGUUUCACUUUGCAUCUUUCCAGUUCUGAUUUUGGCAAUGUUUCCACAAGAUCUACUAAAUCCAAAACAACUGCAACCGCAUCAGCGGACAAUACCUUCAAUAAUACGAUGGAUGAUAAUGAAAUAGCGCAACUAUCAUUAGAAAAUGAAAACGUAAUAUCACCCGUGUCGAUUAAAGGAUCGAAAUCGCCUAAAAACGAUUUGACCGAGAUAUACGGGGUCAAAAAGUUGAUGCAGACCCCUAAAGCCGUAAAUCCUCCUAAAAACGAUUUGUCGAACGUUAUCGGGGUCAAAAAGUUGAUGCAGACCCCUAAGGCUUUAAAUCCCCCUAAAAACGAUUUGUCGAAUGUUACUGGGGUCAAAAAGUUGAUGCAGACCCCAAAGACCGUAAAUCCUCCCAAAAACGAUUUGUCGAAUGUUAUCGGGGUCAAAAAGUUGAUGCAGACCCCUAAGGCCGUAAAUUCUCCUAAAAAUGAUUUGUCGAAUGUUGCUGGGGUCAAGUCGUUGCUAAGAACCCCAAGAGUAAUAAGGUCUCCCAAGAAUGACCUAAGUGACGUACAAGGCGUUAAGACGUUGCUACAUACUCCAAAAGUGCAAAACUCGCCUAAAAACGAUUUGUCGGACGUAAAAGGCGUGAAAAUAUUAAUGAAAACUCCACGUGUCACUAAAGAUCCCAAAAAUGAUCUCAGCGAUGUUGAGGGAGUGAAAAUAUUAAUGAAAACUCCACGUGUCACUAAAGAUCCCAAAAAUGAUCUCAGCGAUGUUGAGGGAGUGAAAAUAUUAAUGAAAACUCCACGUGUCACUAAAGAUCCCAAAAAUGAUCUCAGCGAUGUUGAGGGAGUUGAACAACUUUUUGAUAUCUCUGGGGUACAAGUUUUAAGCGAUUGCGAAACUAAUGAUGAAGCUUUUGAUAAAUUGUCGGAGAAAAAGAAAAGAAAGACUUACUCCAGAAGCCUUUCUCCCAAAAAAUCCCAAGAUGAUAGUGUUUUUGAAGAAACAAUCCCUCCGGUUGACCCCAAGGUUGAAAAUUGGAUCACAGACCAGCAAAAGACUACCGUAGCCGUAGCAUCUAAGAACAAAACAGUCAAAGCUAAUAUUGUGGUCCCUCUUAUUCAAUUGAACAACGACACCAUCAGUAAGUUUGUUAAAUCUCCACCAAAAAAGAAACCGCGUGGUAGAAAGCUGAUGUCCGACGAAGAUAUUAAAGAACCACAAAACGAUAUAAUUUAUAGCGAACACAAAUCGGAAAAACCCGUCGUCCCAUUAAAAACCCGAAAAAGUAAGCAAGAGCCUUUGGAUUCGAUCAUUGCUAGCGCACUAGAAAAACCCAAUAGGUUGUCAAGAACUAGGUUGGAAGACAUACUAGAUAAAAUAGAUAAUCAAGUUCAAAAGCCUAAAAAAGCUGAACAAUCUCCGGUCAAAACAAAGCAGGGCGAUUCGGAACAAAAACAAGUACAAACAAAAAAACCUGCCAAAAAUGCAAGAAGAAAAAUUGGAGAAGCUGGUUUGGAACCUGUGGAAACUAAAGCGCCAGAAAAAGACAAACGGAGUCUGAGUAAAACAAGAAACGCUGAAGCAGCACCAGUCAAAUUUUCAGAAGAAAAUCCGUCUGAAGAAGAAGAAACUCCUAUUAAAUCCGGAAGAGGCAAAAUGGUCGCAAAUAUUGUGGAUGAAAAAGCCAAACCCUGUCCAAGAAAAACAACUAGGAACGCUAAAGCAACACCUUCAGAAGAAUCAAAUCAAGAAGAGGCACUAAAGAAAACAACUAGGGGAAAGAGAAAAGUUGCAGAAAAACCCGAAGAAGAUAAACCCAGCCCCAAAGUCACCAGAGGAAAAAAGGUGCAAACAAAAGAAACUGAUAAUUAUAUUGAACAGCCUUUAGAAGAAACUCCCGUUAAAACAAAAAGAGGUAGGAAAAUCGCAAAUAUUGGGGAUGAGGAAGAGAAACCAAGUCCAAGAAAAACAAUAAGAAAUGCGAAGAAAACUCCACAACCUACAGAAGAAUCUGAAGAACAAGAAACUCCCAUUGAAACUAAAAGAGGUAAAAGGGUCGCAAAUAUUGUAGAUGAAGAAGUUAAACCAAGUUCAAGAAAAACGACAAGAAAUGACAAGAAAAUCCCCCAACUUUCUGAAGAAGAAGAAACUCCCAUUCGAUCUACAAGAGGUAGAAAGAUCGCAAAUAUUGUGGAUGAGGAAGUCAAACCAAGUCCAAGAAAAACAACAAGAAAUGCGAAGAAAACUCCUCAACCUACAGAAGAAUCUGAAGAACAAGAAACUCCCAUUGAAACUAAUAAGGGUAAAAGGGUCGCAAAUAUUGUGGAUGAAGUAGUCAAACCAGGUCCAAGAAAAACGACAAGAAAUGACAAGAAAUCCCCUCAACCUUCUGAAGAAGAAGAAACUCCCAUUCGAUCUACAAGAGGUAAAAAGAUCGCAAAUAUUGUGGAUGAGGAAGUCAAACCAAGUCCAAGAAAAACGACGAGAAAUGCAAAAAAAACUCCACAACCUACAGAAGAAUCUGAAGAACAAGAAACUCCCAUUAAAACUAAAAGAGGUAAAAGGGUUGCAAAUAUUGUGGAUGAAGAAGUCAAACCAAGUCCAAGAAAAAUGGCAAGAAAUGCCAAGAAAUCCCCCCAACCUUCUGAAGAACAAGAAACUUCCAUUCGAUCUACAAGAGGUAAAAAGAUCGCAAAUAUUGUGGACGAGGAAUUCAAACCAAGUCCAAGAAAAACGACGAGAAAUGCAAAAAAAUCCCCUCAACCUACAGAAGAAUCAAAUGAUAAAGAGGAAGAGGCACCAAAGAAAACCGCUAGGGGAAGGACAAAAGUUGCAGAAAAUCCUGAAGAAGACAAACCCAGUCCCAAAAAAGUCACCAGAGGCAAAAAGGUUCAAAAAGAAGAAACUGAUAAUAACGUUGUAGAACCCAUAAAGUCUACAAGGGGGACAAGGACGGCAAAAUCCCAGGAAACGGUUGAAGAACAAACCAAGAGAACGACUAGAGGUAAGAAGGCUAAGGAGUCUGAAGAAACUGAAAAGGAGCAUUUAGAACCCAGUCCAAAAAAAACAACCAGAGGAAAGAAGGCUAAAGGUACGGAAAAAUCUGAAGUGAUUGAAGAACAACCUGAAUCCAGUCCGAAGAAAACCACUAGGGGAAGGAAGGCUAAGGAGUCUGAAGAAAUCAAACAUACUGCCAGGAAGACAAGAGGUAAAACAGCUGCUGCGGUUGAGAAAGAAGAAAAAGAUGAAUGCCAAGAACUUGAAACUUCUAAAAGAGGUAAGAAGAUUGUUGAAGAAGAUGCGCCCACUCCCAAAAGAAAUAGAAGAGGAGUGAAAACAGUUCAUUUUGAGGAAGAAGCAAGUUUAGUGUCAAACAAAAGGAAGUCCAGUGAUUUGCCGGUCGAACCAGUUAGGAAGUCAAAACGUACAAAAAAGUAAUUUUAGUCAGUUUAUUAUAAUACUUUUAAAAAUAAGUUGUAUAUAUGUUCUAUUUUAUUAUUUAAACGCGUGUCUACACGAGUUAAGUUUUACUGUACCUACCUAUAUAUAAAUAUGUUUAACAUUUAGUUUUUAUAAAAUGUGUAUAAUUUUAUUAAUAAUAUAUUAGUUGAAACAAUUUUAAUAAACCUUUUAAAUAUAA